UAAAUGUUUUUUUAUUUAAAGGUUACUGUGAUAAUGAAAUAUAUUUGCUCAAGUGCUGAACAUACUAAGUACAGUAGUUUUAGGAAUCAUUUAUGGUGACAAAGAUCAGUAUAAAUAUACAGUUACUCCAAAAAUAAUGCCACUGUAAAUUAAUUCUGACACAGAGCUCUGUUCUGAGUGAUUGGAAUUAAUUUAGUUCUUUAUAAAUAAAAAUGUUUCUACGACUAGUGUGUUUUGCUUUUUUCAUGGGCAUUUUGAAUCAGGUAAGCUCAGCGCCUUUAAAUUCAGAAGAAUUAACAGAAAAAAUGAAAUCUGCACAAGAAGAUGCGACAGUUAAAAUAAUAUUAGCAAGUUUUGGUAUUAGAAAAUCUGCUAAACUUGUAAAUAUCACAAAUAAUAAAGCUAUUGCAUAUUCUGAAGCGGUUGAAAAUAGAAGGAACUUCGAAAUAAUGGCUGAGGAGUUGAAUAAAAUAAUUGAAGAUAAAGAAAAAAAAUUGGAAACCAAUCAAGCUCGAGCAAAAGCCAAUAAAACUGACAGUGGUGCACAAGACGCGGUAAUCACGGCGCAAGAUGAGCUGAACCAGGUCAGACAAGUAGAAUCAACUAUCAAUGAAAAGAUUAGAAAUUUGACUAUUGCCGAAUCACUCGCGAAAAACGAUUGGGAAAGACUUGAAGAAAAAGCGCGAAAGAUGGCCGCGAAUGCUGAGGAAACUAAGCGAGACGCCAUAAAUGCUGUAGCUAGAGCUCAUAAAGCAACAGCUGCCAAUAUUUCAUACUCGAUCAAAGAUUCGAAAAAUUUAUCGCCUCGUAUAAUAGCGCAAAAAGUGUGUGCCGAAUAUUUUAAAAAUGCAAUUGAUGAACUGGUAUCCGGCUUUGCUACAAAACACCCAUCACAUUACAAAAUAAUGAAAAGGAUCUGGCUCCAGGGACAGGAAGAAUUCGCUAAUUCUUUUCAGUAAUACAUUUUUUUAAUUUUACAACACGUGAUUUUAUUUUAUUUUUUAAUUAAUUAACUACUUUUUUUUACAAAGUGAAGAUGCGCAAGGCUUUGGAACAUAAAUCAU